AGUGCUUGAUCGAAUUCCUUGAGCACCCCUGUAUCGGAUCUUUAGAAGCUCAAGCACAUCCUUCUUUGAAUAGAUAUCACUGAAAAGGCAGAACCUUCCAUUGUUUGAGAGACAUGGUGUCGUCGUCCCGCAUGCUUGGUCUAUCUUUCGGCUUGAUUGUCGCAAACGUCGCUACACUCUCGGCUUUCAUCCCUCAACAGAACCUUUUUUUGUCAAGACGAUCUGGCCAGAAGUUGGCCUAUGAGAUCAAUGCAACAGCAACUUCAGGUAGUUCAGAAGGCUUGGCCAAUGAAGCAAGGACGGUAGUGAAGGCUUUCAAUGAGCCUCCUGUCAAGAUUCAAAGUCGGCUGGAAGAAAUCCAGCAAACAAUUGAAAGGGGAGAAAAUUUGACACAGGAUUACUGUGACACAACGCUUGGGCUAUGCGUGGCAGCGGAACAAUGGGAGUGUGUGAUAGAUGUGCUAGAGCAGAUGCAAAAGCAACAGAUGACGCAGGAGCGCUCAACUUUCCGAAUGUGUUUGCAACAGUGUUUUGAGGUAGGAAAUGGAGCUUCUGCUCUCGAAAUUCUACAGGCAAUGGAACAGGCUCUCAUUGAACCACAACCUGAUGAUAUCGGCCUAGUGGCCGCCGCCAUGUGUCGGAACAAUCGCAAGGAAUCAGGUUGGUGGAAAAGAGCGUUGGAUCUCCUACUCAAAAACCCUUCCCCAGACGUUCCGAUCGAUGCAUACGAUGCAGUGCUUGCCUGCCUAGUGGAUGAAAGAAACUGGAAGGAAUCUAUAAAGUUGCUAAGGCGCUUGGAACAACCACCAAAAAACAAAAAAAGAAUGCUACCAAAGCCAACCCUUGCAACCUACAGAGAAGUGAUUGAGUGUUGCGUAGCCGGAAACCAAGUUGAACAAGGAGUGCAAAUACUCGACAAAAUGAAAAAACGUGGUAUCAAACCAACAGUCUACACAUUUGAAAUAGUCAUAUCUGGAUUGGCAAGGAAGCUACAGUGGCGACGUGCCUUGCAGUUGCUGGACACCAUGGACGAAUACGGGGUAAACAAAACGGUUCCAAUCUACAAUACCUUGAUCAGUGCAUGUGCAAGAGGCAAAGAAAUUGGAGUGGCCAAGAGCCUGCUUGCAAGGAUGAAGAAAGAAGGGAUAUGGCCCAGCAUCAUCACUUACAACUCAUUAAUAAGUUCUUGCGCAAGCGCAGGCAGAUGGAAGGACGCCAUGAACUUGUUCGACCAGUGCAAUAGAGAUCCACACGUUGAGCCUGAUAUCUAUACAUACACGAACGUUAUACGGGCUUGUUCUAAGGGCAAAAUGACAGAGCGUGCUUUCACAUUGCAUGACACAGUUCUAGAGAAAAACAUCCCAUUGGAUAGCUACUUCUACGCAGCUGUGAUUGAAGUGGCAGCAAAUGCGAGGCAGUGGAAGCGUGCGUUGGAGUUGCUAGAUGAGAUGGAAGAAAAAGGCGUCCCCCCUUCUGAUGUCGUUUACAGCCUCACAAUCAAAGCUUGCGGGAAUGGUGGAAAAUGGCAAUCGGCCCUCAAUUUGCUGGAAAAGAUGCGAAGCAAAGGAAUGCGCAUCAAUCUAAUCACCUACAACGCUGCAAUUGCGGCACUCGCAAAAGCUGCUAAGCGGUCGGCGAAAUAUCCUACAGGAAGACCAUGGCGGCCACAAGAGCCUGACAGUGGAAAAAUUUGUUUUUGGGUCCGUGCCAUAGAGUUACUGGAUCAGAUGAAAAAAGACAACAUCAAGCCCGACGGAUUCAGCUUUUCAUCUGCCAUCAGCUGUUGCGGGGCUGAGGGAAGGUGGCAAGAAGCUCUUGCGUUGAUCGAUCUGAUGAAAAAAGGAGGACCAAGAACGCAACCAAAUAGGGUGGCCUUCACAGCUGCAAUAGAUGCCUGUGGACGCUCCGGUGAACACAUGCAUGCUCUUUGGCUUUUCCGAAACAUGACAAAUAAUGGAAUAUCUGCUGAUAGGGUCGCAUGGAACACGUUAUUCCAUGGCUUUCGGGUAGCCAACAAACCGGAUCUGGCCUAUGAGCUUUGGGGAGAAAUGCGCAAAGCAGCAAACACCACCGACAGAAUCACAGCUAUGCCGGAUCACCAAAAACCAACACCUGACAUAAUCACAGUGACAGAUGUCAUUGCCACGCUUGCUAAGAGCGAGAACCAGGUCGACCAGGACAGAGUUGAUGAGGUGUUUGCCGAAGCUGUUAAUCGUGGCAUUAUAUUUGGGUCCCACCUCGAUUCUGUGUGGGAAGUGGACCUAUCUGGUCUGUCCUUGCCAGUAGCUCGUGCCGCUUGUAGGUUUGUUGUGAACCGAACAAGACAAAAAGUAGAGGACGAAGGAGAAGACGUAAAGGAUUUGCACUUCAUAACUGGCGUUGGGGCAGCCUUUGGACAAGGACAAGGAAGAAAAGGGCACGCUUCCACGACAGCGGACAAAAGCAGCAAGUCUCAGUCCUUGCGCGAUUAUGUGCAGAAGGAGGUGCUGUUAGGCGACUUGAACAUAAAGUCCACAAUCCCAAAACUUGCCCAGGGCACUGUCACCAUUGAAAGGGAAGUGCUGGCAAAGUGGAUAGAACGAAGACAAUAAUAGCCAUCUACAGUAGCCGUUUGCCCAACGGCCGCACCAUGCUCGUACACAACACAAUUACGCCAUCUAUGCAUUAUUGGAAUC